ACCCUUUUACAAUUUGAUUUUAUUGAAUAGAAGAAAAUAUUUUUUUGUUUUAGAUCUCUUACAAUUGUAAAGAGCUAGAAUAACUUUUGUAGAUUUCUUCUUUUAUCUUAUUUAAAUUUCUUUUCCUAUUGUGCAAGAACCUAGAGAUAUAUGAGAAAACGAUUUUUUAUUAAAUCUCUUAUAAAUGAAAUUUUCUUAUAAAAAAAAUCAUGAAACUAAAAGAAAAAAGAUUAGAAAACCAUUUUUCCUAACAUAUCUUGACAUUCAAUCAAGUCCAAUUCAAAAGCAGCUCCAAAUUUGCUUAAAAACCACUUGAUUUGGCUCACCUAUCUUCUUAUUCUUUUUUUCUCUCUCUUUCUUUAACUUGAGGUCUAAGUAUGAUUUUUCUUUAGACUUCUUCGAGUAAUUGAUUAUCUUUGAUAUUUUCAUUCCUCUCUAACAUCAAUGUUGAGAUGACUUUAUAAUCUCGCAAUUCCAUAACUAAAUUGUCUCAGCUAACACACACAGUCCCUGUUGAAAGCUUGGCUUAAUGGGGCGCCAUUCUUGUGGUGUGAAGCAGAAGCUAAGAAAAGGAUUGUGGUCACCUGAAGAAGAUGAAAAGUUAAGCAAUUAUAUCACCAAUUUUGGUAUUGGCUCCUGGAGUUCAGUCCCUAAGCAAGCUGGCCUGCAAAGAUGUGGAAAGAGUUGCAGAUUGAGAUGGAUAAAUUACUUGAGGCCUGAUCUUAAAAGAGGAAUGUUCUCACAAGAUGAAGAGGAUAGGAUACUUGGUCUCCAUCAAGUUCUUGGAAACAGGUGGGCACAAAUUGCUGCACAACUACCAGGGAGAACGGAUAACGAGAUAAAGAAUUACUGGAAUUCGAGUUUGAAGAAGAAGCUAAUGAAGCAGGGAAUUGAUCCAAACACCCACAAGCCAUUAAGGGAGAAUCAAGUAAUCAAAGAUGAAGAGAAUUGUACUAAUAAGACCUCAAUGUUUGAGGUACCAUUUCUUAAUGAAAUGGACCAACCAUUUACACAAUUAGCUUCUUCAAAAGACCAAUAUGUGAGUAAACAAGUCUUUGAUCUUCUAUUUGCUCAUGAAUUCCAAUCCAAUGAGAAUAAUUCACAGACGUUAGCUCAGUACCAUGAUGAUCAUCAUCAGAGCGAAUACGAGGAAAAUCCAAAUUAUGUGUUUUGUUCAGCAUCAAGUGUAACAAAAUUAGAACAUGGACAGAUGACAGAUACUGAUUUUGCUAGCAGCUCAACUUCAAGAAUGAGUUCAAGCAACAGUUCAAAUAUGUGUAGCAAUCAAAACACUGCUGGAAUUCUGACGGAGAACAGUGAAGCCUUGUCAUGGGAUGUUGAGAACAAGAUGGAAUCUCUGUUCCAGUAUCCCUACAUAGGAAUCAAGAAUGAAGAAUUAAGGUCAAGUCCAAGCCAAGAAAGAGAGCUAUAUGGUCACAGUUCUGGAGAUUUCAUGAGUAAUUAUCCAUUAAGUUCCUUAACAGAAGAAUUAAGUGGGGCUAAUCUAGAUGUCUUCAAGCAAAUUUAAACUGUAAAUUCGAUUUGUUUACUGUGUCCUUUUUUUUGGUUAAUUCUUGAGUUCCUUUUUCCUUCUUUCCUAUGUACAUAAAAAUAUACAAAGGUGCUACAAACAUAGGCUGUCAUGUGAAAUAUUUUAUUUUCAGUGUUUUGUUUUAAAAUUGAGAUGGAUAAUGUUUUCUAAAACUUCUUUUUAU